GUGGACAAGGAAUGGAAGCUUAACAAAUUUUAAUUCAGUGCGAAGAAUAACAUGUCUUAAACACAUAAUUGCAAUAAUUCACUCUUUUGUUACUUUUGUCAUGUAUGGCAUUAAAUAUGUUUCUAAAAGUUCCUUAAGUGCAUGUUUUUACUUUGAGUACUUAGAAGAACCUUUCGUACAAUGUAUGUCUGCAUGUUGGCAAGAUUGGUCAAAUUCAAAAUGGUGGUGUAUACUUGCUGUGUAUACGUCUAAUAUGCAGAAUUAAAGAAAUAUUACAAUGGCCACAUAUUUCGGGGAAGUUGUAGAGCAGUCUUCGCGAGCUUUCUGGGGAGACGAAUGUGAUAGUGGAGAUGACGUACAUUCAGAUUCUACUAGAAACUGGAGAAAACUUGAAGUGUCACCUUCACCCACUCAACUUAUGUCAUCUAGGAUCAAAUUAUUUUUGGUUGUUCAUGGACCAUUAACGGAAGGUUUUGUUGAAGCUUGUUUUCUUGAUAAGGGAGUACCUAUAGCUGAAAUUAAUGAAGCUGAAACAGAAGGAGAAGAAUCAUUCAGAAGAAGAAAACGAAAGUCAUCAGCUAUAUAUAGCUUGCUCAGCGAUGUUUUGCUAUGUAUCUGCAGUUCACAUUUAGACAUGGCUCAGUCAUUUGAUUUUACUGAAAAGGUGUGUAACUUUUUGUGAAAUUAUAGCAUAGAAGUAAAGUAUUGUCACAUGUUAGUGACUAGACACUGGGGUUGGAUUAAUAAUUGUGUUUACUGAGCACUUAGAACUCAUAAAAGGUAAAGGCAAAGUUGUUGCUGCACUUACCUAAUUAAGGACUGUGCCAUAAAGGCAUAUGGGGGAUUGGAUGUAUAGAUCCACAUUUUCU